GACGCGACUCGUCUGUGGCGGGCGCGGCCUUCUCUCCGGGGCACGGGAUUCUCUCAGGCUCCGGAGACCGCAGCGGGAGGUAACGACCUGGAAUCCUCUCCAAACCCUGCGUCUCCGCGAGUCCCGCCUCACUGUCGGGACCCCCGUUUUCCACGCGGCCCCCCCGCCCUCCCGCUCCGGUCUUCCCUGGCCUCUCAGACGCCGCCCUCCCUGCAGGGUCCCCCACAUCUCCACGGGGGGCCUUCGGCGACUCUGGCCACGCCGUCACGAGGAAACUCCUGGGUUGACCCCAGCCGCCGACGGAGCAACGAGGAAUGGACGCGGUCUCCUAGCAUCCUCCGUGGCAGAGACACCAGAACUUCAAUGAUUUGCUUGAAAUUGCCCUCUCGCUUUUGUUUGAAAUAAAGGAUCUCAUGACUGGCCUUGCUGACUGGUCAUUGGUAUCUCAAGAAGCAUGGAGAUUAGAUUAGAAGUUUUGACAUCAACAAGUAUCAAGCAGAAAAAACCCUGGCCCAGAGUUUCCUGGUUGGGUCAAGAGAAUGAAGCUGUUUUUCUGUUGGAUGAGAAAUUCAUAAAUGAGAUUAAUUUGCUGUCAGGAAGAACAAAGAAGAAGAUUCCGAGUCUGCAGCCUUUGUUGAAGGAUGUUUUUUUUCUGGCAACAUCCAGGAAUGAUAUGUGGCUGUCAGGGGUCCUCACUACAGGAGAGCUUUUCCUGUGGAACAAAGAUCAAGAUUGUUUGAAAUUGAUACAGGUGACGGAAAAGCCUAAAGAAGUUGUUAAAGCUACAGUAGCAAGCUCUUCAAGACUAUACUUAUAUGUAGCUGAAAAUGGAAAAAGAGUUCUGCUUAUUACAUCUUCUGGCUGCAUACUUCUGUGGGAAUAUUUGGAAUUGAAUAUUUUAUCUUCUAAAAGCCUCCCAUUGGUUGGUCAGUGGUCCCAAAUCAUACCCGAAGAGGCAGUUUUAUUGCCUUCCACUCAAGAUAAAGAAGCUGUAGUGGAUGCUGUUUUUGUCAGAAAUGAGUUACUUGGCGACUGCUGCCUGUGUUCUUUUACUUUCUAUUCUGGAGAAUGCUUGAAGUUAGCAUUUCUGGUCAUUCAGUGGUCAGAGAAUGUACUGACGUCUGUAAGGUCAUUGCCUUUCCGUGUUCACUGGGCACAGCAGGAAUGUGUCCUGUGCAGUCUGACUCCCAAGUGUGAGGCAGUGAAGUCAAGAGGAGCUCUGAUCUCGGCCUUCUCAAGAGAUGGUCUUACCUUGGCAGUGACUCUUAAUCAGAAAGACCCAAAGGCAACUCGGGUAUUGUUUAUAAACACACUGAAUUUUGUUACUCUCUGUGGUGACCUUAAAGGAUGCAGUAAUAAGAAUCCUGUGGUCCCUGCUACACUUAUCAGGUCAUACUGGGUAGGUGACAUCAGCUGGACACAUGACAGUCUUUUUCUGGCUUGUGUGUUAAAACGUGGAUCCCUGAUUUUAUUGACCUGCCUAGGUGAAUUGCUGACAUUAGUUACACUUGGUUGCUCUAUAGAAUUUGGGCCAGCUGAAUUUAUUCCUCUUCAUCCACUGAUAACAUAUAGACCACAACAGUUUACAUUUCAAGAUUCAAAUAAUCCUGUAGAUUCAUCAGCUUCUGACAGUGACCCCCUGAGACAGAGGUUUUCUGUAAAAGCACAUUCACGACUACCCUACCUUAUUAUUUCUGAUGGAUACAUGGUCACGACCCUUCGGUUUCUUGAUAACCAGUCUCCAACAGCGCUCAUGAGGUCGUUGCUAAUUGAUUCAACCCAGAGGCUUGAGAAAGCAUGCCAAAGUAUGAUGCUAUCUAAGCCAAAGGACAAAGGGCUGAACUUGCGAUCACUGGAUUCCUUAAGGUCUAGCCUGUUGAAGCAUCAAGGAAAGGAGGGCUUAGUUCAUGGCACCGUCCCUAGGUUUCUGCAAGCAGAAGAAACAGUGAAGUUAAGUGAAACUACUGAUGUUCAGGAUUCUGAAGGAGAAGAAGCUAAUGAAGUUGAACAAUUUCCAAACAACUCAUUGCCUUUUUGUAACCAAAGAAAAGAUCUACGGUUUAGCAUUAUCAAGGAAGGAAGAUUGGAAUUUGCAUCUAUGUUUGAUACAGUUCAUGCAAAGGAUGAUUCCAAGGAGACAGACAGAGCCAUCGCAGAACUGCAUUGUAUACAGAAAAAACUACUUGCAGCGUGGACUAUAGGCAUUUCAAAAAAUGUAGCAGAGAAACACUUAAUGUUAAGUUACACAGUACUCUGCCUCACUCAUUUCUUCUAUGUUCUCCAGUUUAUAAAGUGCCCUUUGCCUAAGUUUGACCUGUUUGUAAAUAAGAAUGUGAAGCAUAAUGCAUGGGUACUUUGUAUCUUUCAACUUUUCCAUCAGUGUUUAUCAGUCCACUAUUGGGAUAUGAGAUACAGACAAGAUAUUGGCCAUUUGAUAAAGCUGACCUCAAAUACUGUAAAGCUUUUACUGACUCAUCAAGAAAAAAACGGGCUCUUCUCAGAGAAGCUUUUAGCCUGCCUUUCUUUACUCCGAAUGGUAGCUGCCCAUGUAAAUGGUGUCUGCAGUCUUCAGCCCGAGGCCCUUUCAGCAUCAGCUGGUGAAAGAACAGCUGAGCUGGACUCAUUAGUAGUCCCUAUUUGUCAAGCUUCUAAGGAAAGUUGGUCCUGGGACUCAUCUUUAAAUAUUCAUCCUCAAGUCACAAAUCUUGCUCAAAAGCCAGGUCACAGAUUGGUUGCUCUUUGGAGGCUGUUGUACAAAAAAACUUUAUGGUAUCAAGCACAAUUAAGCCAAAGAAUUCCUGAAGGUGACAGACAGUUACCUGAAAAUGUAACACAUGAAGUAUCUUUUGUCAAGACUCUGUUAUGUCAUCUCCAAACUAACCUGCAGAUGGCCGGGGAUAGCUUGCCUCAAGCCUUGGAACUUACACCUAUCAGUGGUGAAGAGUGCUUUCUGUUAGGAUCCUAUGAAAGAUCAGUUCAUCUGUGGAAGAAGGCUCUACAAGAAACACAAGAGAAAGGAGGAAGAAGAACGAGCUUUCUUCAGUCACGGUACUAUCUCUCUCUCCUGUACUGCCACCUCUACUGCUAUAAUUUGAACGAUGCUCAAGGAUUAUGUGAUCACCUAGUAAGAGACAUACUCAGCUGGUCCCAGUUACCUGUAAAAGAAAGUAAAGAUUGCUCAGAUUCUGAGAAGUCUCCUUGUGAGUUUGGAGUGACCAGGAAUGUACAUCCGGAGGCCGCAGUCAGAGUUGUCCAGUGCAUGGCCCGUUUCAUGGCUGCAUAUUUCACCAAUGAACCACUCUGCAUCCUGCCGCCUCACAGCGUGAAUGUUCUUCCUCCACUUCAUAUUAAAACAGAGCACUCCCUACGACUUAUUCCUCUACAACACUCGAAGGUGGCCAGUUUUGUUAGAGAUCAGAAUCUCUCAAAUGUGUGGACAGUUGAAUAUGCCCUUGAAUUAUUAUUUAUUGGUGGCCUGAUUCCAGAGGCUGUAUGGUUGGCACAUAAACUUGGAGACUGGAAGACAUCUGUAUCCAUUGGUGUGGCCUUCCAAGUUUUCUAUAAACAUGGUCGCAAUUUUGUGAGGUCCAAGAAAAAGGGUAUGGACCUACCAUUAAAUAUGAUACCAGCACAGAUUUUCCAGGAAAAACUGCAGUGUUUUUUAGGUCAGCCAGUCUCUCUGGAAGCAAAAAAUGAAAAGGGCUUAAAAUAUAAGCUAUUUACAGAUCCCAUUGAAGAAGAAGAUGCUAAUCUGCUGUUUGGGUCUGUGCAAGAAGUACUGAAAGCAUCAGUCAUGGCUGAUGCGGAUAUUGUUUCAGGGACUCUGCAGCUAUUGAUGGACUCUGCAAAGGACUUCAGUAAGAAGCUGUGGGGCCUAGUGCCUGUGGACUUGUAUCUCCCAGCACCUCCAUUGUAUUGCCCCCAGCCAGCUGUUCUCAGUGAAGAACAUGGUGACAAUCUUCUUUUAAAAGCUGAAAAAGAUAAUCGCCAAAAGCUGUCUGGAAUCCUGCAGCGAGUUCUCUUGCUUUUCCGGGCGGCUCGAUGCUCUUUUUCUGUAGCGCAGUGGUACAUCUUGCAGCUGAGGUGGGCAAGAAAAGUCAUGCAGAAGAUUCGAGUGAAAGGGUCCCUUCCUUUGCUUGGUUCUUUCCCCGAAUCCUUACUUAACUACUGUAAAGGAGGGAUAGCAUUCUUUAGACCUGGAGCUGCCGGAGACCACAAGCUCGAUGAAGUUUCCACCAAAGUACUAGGUUGCUUCAGAGAACUUUGUGCUUUGUGCUGGAUGUUGCAUGUCCGGGAUAAAUUAUCGUACAGUUGCAGGCAGUAUCAGAAGGCAAGAGAAAAUGUGAAGGUAGAAAAGGACCUCAAAGUGGAAUUUGAUUCUUGUGUGGUUGAGCACUGUUUUCGUGCACUGGAGUGGGCCUAUAGAAUGCUACCAUUCUCUCGUUUUUUUAAUAUGGAAGAACUUAUUCAGGAUAUAAUUUUGAGCCUUAUUGGAGAACUACCACCAAUCAAGAAGGUAGCAGAAAUUUUUGUGAAAGCCUUUCCCAAUCCUGAGGCCAUAAGAGUUCCUUUAAGAGAAAAGUACCACUCUCUCCAGCAGAGACUCAGACAUGGUGUUGUGAAAGGCCCUCAGACUGAGGAACUGAUGUCUGUGGUCAUGCGGUCUGUCCAUAAAGUGAGGGUGAAAGCCCUGAAACGUGUGCAGAGGAACAUAGGUGCUUCUGAGAUGAACGUCUGGGAACCAGAUGAAGAGGAAAAGCCAGAUGCUGCUCCGGCUUCUGACAGGUUCUCCCUGGGGACUAGUUUGAGCAGAAGUACACUCACAGAACAGGGCAGUUCCCUGGUACACAGUGAUGCAGACACAUUCUCUGAAACCUUGUCUUUUGAAGAAAGAACGUGGAUGCACUUCUACCAAAGGCAUGCCCCAAGUCAUGGGGAGUUAACAUUGGUUGGUAAGCCCAGUGAUGAAAAGAAAGCUUGUCAUCAGAAGAAAGGCUCGCAAAGGAAAGACAAUCAUGAACCAUUAGGAAAAAUAGCCCUUCCUACAGUUGGUGUUUGGGAAUUUGAGCGUGAUGAUGAUGAAUAUAUUAACUUCCUUGAACUCUUCUUGAGUUAUGUUCUUGAAAGAGACCUUUGUUCCAGUGAUCCCGGCAUUCCAUUCUUGACAAGUUUUUCUGGGCACCUUAGAGAACAUGAACUUAAUUCUUUACUUUUUGAUGUGCAUACAACAUUAAAACAACGCCAGAGUAAAACCAGAAGCGAGAAUGUAUAUAGAGCUGGUUCUUGCUUUGCCGUCAUUCCUGAGUCACAUGAAUGUGAAAAACUGUUCUCUCUAAACAGUACGUGUGCCCAAAAUUUAGAAUGCCAGGCACUUUCUUCUCCAGAACUAGUUAACCAGUCAGCAAGCACUUCAGAGAACCCUCUUUCUGAAGUCGUGAAAAAUGAAAGAAAGGUGGGAUUGUUUGGCUUAAAACAAAAGCCAAUUUAUAGAAUUCAGGAUGACAAGCGAGGGAAUCCUCUAAUGCAGAGACCAUCAACCCACUCCUUUUGGAUUCCCAAGUCCGUUCAAAAUGGAGGGUUCCGUUUCCGAGCAUUUCAGUGUAGUGCUGCCAGCCUUCAGGAAGGCCUUCCUCUGCCGCUUGAGAACAUCUUCGGCCAGGUUGGGAGACUGGUGGAGUGGAUGGUACGGUGGUCUGACCGAAGACUCCUCUGUGACUCUGGAGUUGCUCAGUCGUCCUGUAAAUACAGCCCCGUAAUUCGUGUAAAGACCUCGACAGCUGCCAUUCUUACCUCUCUAUGGCUCCUGGAGCAACCCUAUUGUGCUGCAUAUAAGACGAAAAACAGCAUCAUUAAGGUGCUGGAGAGUCAUUACCCUGAGUCUCAAGUAGCCGCCGAGGAGGAGGGCAAUGCUAAUGUUGACUCCCCAGUUGCUGUAGCAGCUCAGGCUGGAGCUGAGGAGAGAAGUGAGCAGAAUGAAUGCUGUCAGAGCGUCCAGAACAGAAUGCCAGCUGAAGCAGAAAAUCCUGAAGUGAAAGGAAUUGAAGAUGAGGUUAUUCCCGUCACUCAUGAGACUGAGAAAGAAUUCGUAGGUGUUGACAGGAAUCAUGCAGAAGUAGAAACGUUUACACAUGAUGAAGUGGAUAUUCUCAUCUCAGACUGUGACGAAGGACCUGUUGGGAGUCUCAGAGGUUCCAGUGCUGCCAUCUGCAUGCCAGCGUCACAGCUCUUACUAGAGCAUAACACAGAAGAAGCUCAGUGUCCCAGGAAAGAACCACUGGAGACGAAUGUGGAUACAAAAUUGACAGAACAGAGAGGUGUGAUUGAAGCCUUGUCAAAUUCUGAACAUACCAUUCCUCAUUCACAUUGUAUAGAUGCAAAUUCAGAAACUUCUAGUGCACAGAUUUCUGAACUUAAAGAGAGAUCUUCCUCAGUUCCACCACUCAUGUCUAGCGGAGCCCAUGGUGCUUCACAAACCCCUGUCCCCACACCUCAGGAGACUCAGAGACACGAGCACAGGGUGCACUUACCAGAUUCUUCUGAUUCUGUUAGGCAGAUGCUCCAGGAAGAGAUGUUUAAAUUAGUUCAGCUGCAGCAGAUCAAUUUCCUGAGCCUGAUGCAAAUAGUAGGACCGUCCGUUGCUAAUCUCCCAGACAUGCAUCGGCUUCUCCAGCAGGUUCAUCCUGUACAUGCUGGGGAAAGCCCAGCAUCAAAGCCCACAAGGAGUGGUUGUGCUUCUGAGGUCAAUAGCAGACAGAGAUUUUUCGCUCACCCAGAGUCCGUGGGAGAAUGUAGCUGGGAGCCUGACAAGAACAGCCCACCAGACCAUGGAGGAGUCAGCCAAACUGAUCAGGACAGUAAUGGAAAUGCAGAGAACAUUGCACAUGGGAGUAUUCCUUUGUGUCAAUUAGAUGGCCAGCCUAAGAUGAGAGGACAGACUGGAGCAUCUCGAAGCUUGGAACCCACUUCAUUUUCUCACACUCCUGCUGGAGACACUGGCCUCCAGCUCCUGUUCACCCCUGCUGCUGUCCAGAGGGCACCACAGCUGAUCCCGCCGGCCAGAGCAGUUCCUCCUGGGAGUGGUUUUCCCCUGCUUCAUUUUCAGCCCAAGCGUGAAUUCAAGCCCCUCUCCUUACCUCUAGGAAGAAUUCCAGAGGUUCCUUUGAGACCUCAGGCCCAACCAAAAGAGGCUUGGGGAUUAUCUGAUUCUUGCCAGCCUCCUCUGUCUCAGAGAAUAGUGCAACCUACCGCACCAUGCCACUCAAAUCCAAGCCACUACAGCGCGGAAGCCAUGAACAAGGCGGAUGCUGUCCUCAGAGACACCCCUCAGCAUGCGAACUUGGAUCAGUAUGUUGGACAGCACUUGACACCUCGGCAGGCUUCUUCAGUAUUUAUAAAACCAGAAAGUGUGUUUGAUGUUAAAGCAGGGCUCCCUGAGACAGCUCCUCAGAAUUCUUUUGGACUUCCUUUAUUACACCUGCAGUUCAAGCCACCUUGUAUAUUCUCAUCACCAUCGAGACUGCCCUCGGUACCUACCAAAUGUGACCCAGAAAGAAAACAAAAUCCACAGCUAUCAUUGCUUCAUUCAUGCUUGCCCCCGGAGAACACGUACAAGAAGCCGCAACUUAUCCCACUUGAAAACCUCAUGGCAUUUAAAAGGAGCCAGCAAAAACUAGCACAUAAUGUGUUUGAACAAGGUGAUUCUGGGCAUCUUCAGCUUCUAAAGGUCAACAUGGAACCAUCUAAAAUAACACAAGGAAAGAAGAGGCGGAACAGACGAGCUGAAAGAGAGCUACGGGAAGGAAGAACUCAGAAGCCGAGAGGAAAACCAAGUGUUAGUUUCCGACCAGAGGAGUCCCUCAUUAGUAAGGGCUCUGAAGUCAUCACGGAGCCCAAGGAACAACUAGGACAUGGUGAUUCUCAGCCUUUGGAAAAAUUUGACAUUCCUUUCGAAAUGUUAGAAGAUGAUGUUCAUACUUCAGCUGGACUGCAUUUCAUGGCCUCUGUACGGAAGAAAGUUGUGGGAAGUCAGGAUGCAAGUACAAACACAGACCCAGAUAAGGAAGGUACUUCCCAAGAAGUUGGUUCUGAUAGUGGUAAAAAUCAACAAGUCGUUUCUGCUACCUCAGGCCAUGAACCUUUGAAUGUUCCUCAACUCUUGAUUCCAGAUGUCUGUCUGAAUGUCAGACUUCCCACGGGAAUACCAGAGAAGCCUUUGUCUCCUUCCCCACCUCACUUGGCUAGACACACGUACAUAGAUGUGAUUGACAUUGGAGCUGAGGACCUUUUGGGAUUACCUGCCAGUGAAGAGCCUUCAGAUGACAAUGUUAUCCAGCCACAGAGCCAUCCUCCAGAGGGCCCAUUGUCUGCAGAGCUGCAUUGUAUGGCAGCUUCAGUUGUCAACGCUGUCCCCCCUCAUGCUUUCGAGAGUCAAGGGACUGCAUCUUCUCUGGAUGGGAAAAACUUGAAAGCAAAUGUUGUGGACGUGAAGGAGCCGGGGAUUCUCUCAGUGAUCCCGUCAGACAGGCAGCAGGACAGAGAUCUGCUAGAACCAAACUUCCAGUUCAAGGAACAGAGCUCGAAAUUGGACUCUGGAGAACAAUCUCUGCUUUGGACCCUGCUACAGGAUGUCCCUGCUGCUUGUCCCAUUCCACACCGAGCUGCUCAGAAGUUAGAACAUCUUACUGCCAAGCUUCAGAAGCUCGACGAGCAACUGUUAACAGUGCAGACCAUUGUGGAAAAUAUAGAGCAGGAUUUCCCUGCACCAGAAGUACUGAAUCUACACUGGGAAAAGGUUGGACGGGUAGAUCACAUGGAAUUGUCUUCUGGCCCUGGAAUUGAAAAACCAUUAGCUUCAAAAGCCAUUAGCAUUUCUGAAGAAGUGUGUCUCCACACGCAUGAGGAUGUGGAUGAUCAAAAUGAUGCCGAGGAAACUUCAGAGACAGAAAAUCAUUCCAGCCAGAAAACCCACGCAUGCCCUUCUGCGGGGUCGGCUCUCGGCUCUUCCGUGGACUUGGACUGGAGCGUCACUUCUCCUGGUGUGAAUAACGGCAAUGAAUUAUUUGAAAGUGUUUCAGAAGAUCAGCUCCAGGUGACUGGAUUGACUGAUAUUGCUGACAUCAUCGAUGACCUUAUAACCAAGAGUGGAGUCUCCAGUGAGGAGCUUGGCUUAACAGAAAAACAAGCUAGAAGUAUAUCCAGGAUUCAGCAUCCUUCUGGCAGAUGCCCCCAAAGAACUGAGAAGGAGAGAAGAGAGAUUAAAAUCUGGAUGAAAAGAAAGCGAAAAGAGAGAAUGGCGGAAUACUUAAGACAGCUGGCAGAAAAGAGGGGACAGGAGCGUGACCCUUUCUGCCCCAGAAACAGCCCAUUUUAUAUGACUUCAAGGCAGAUCAGGCAAAGACAAAAGAUGAAACAUGAAAAAGAUAGAUUGCUACUGUCUGACCACUAUAGUCAGCGGCUCUCACAGGCAUACUGCUUGAUGAAUGAACUGCUCUCUGACUCAGUGCAGCUAACAGCACCUGAAGGGAAACCCUUACCUGGCAGAUCCCCCACCGCUCAGCACUGCAGACAGCAACGUUCCUCUUCUCCAAGGAGAGAAAAUCCACAUGGGCAGACUUUCCUAAUAAACCGGCCUGGAGGAGGCAGACACAUUUCCAGUCAUCUCCAAAAGGAGAAACCCUUGGGACAGCUCCAAGGCUCAUCUUGGCGGCAGCGAGGUUCUAAUACUCCAUGUUGGAGCCUGCAGCAUACGAAAAGCCAUGAGACCGUUGGGGUGCCUCCUCCAGUGGAGCAGGGGUACAUGGAGUAUGACAGAGAAGAGGCGGUAGUGAGUCCCUGGACUCUGCCUUCAGAAAUCCACAGGAUUCUUCACGACAGGCCUCUGCUACAGGACAUGUCGCCCACUGAAGAGGAAGAACCUGAUUUGUCUUUCUUGGCGGGUGGCAUGGACAGCGUGUCUGAGAGCACUGGCAGCAUCCUCAGCAAGCUCGACUGGAGAGCCAUUGAAGACAUGGUGGCCAGCGUGGAGGAUAAGAACGCAAAUGUCCACUGGGCCUCAGACCAGUAGGGCCUGGCUAGCACUCUCUGUCAGCAUCUCACUGAUGUGCUUCUGAGAAUCUGUGGGUCUAAGGCCAGAGAUGGGACUUACAGCCUGGAGCCACAGGGUUCCCUGGGUUAGCCAUUGCAAGAGGGAGAGUAAACAUGUCUGUAAUAUUA